AUGGAGCAGGCAUCGGAUUCGAACGCAGAGAAUAUAAUGGAACUGCCUCAGCCUCAGCCUAAGAAGACGGAAUUGAAUGCCCGGCUUGAUAGGUUGCUUAAGUUACAGCCAGAGCCACAUCAUCCUCCACAACCCAGGAUUCAAGAAAUUCCUCGUUUUCUGCUUUAUAAAAAUCCCAGCUUGAAGAAGUACCGUUCACCACAGAUGAUAUCGUUUGGUCCUAUUCAUUAUCAUGAGUUUCUUUCCAGUCUAGGACAACAACUCAAAACUACUUGGGCACGCUGGUAUGUUGACAUAUUAAGGACAAAAAAUCAAGAACAAUAUGAAAAUGCAAAUGAUCGAAUAGUGUCUCUGUACGAAACUAUAACAAGAAAGAUUCCGGAAUUGAAGAAUUUGUUUAGUAACGACAUUAUUCAACAAUAUAAUAAUAAUGAUGGGCAACUGGCUGACAUGUUGUUUGUGGAUGGAUGUGCUUUGUUGUUUUUCAUGGAUGCUGUUGAUGAACGACAUCCAGAAAAGGUGGGCCUAGGGAAGCUUGACCAGUUGACGUAUAUAUGGAGAGAUGCCAUUUUGUUGGAAAAUCAACUUCCAAUUCAGUUACUGGAGCUUCUAAGCUAUGACAAAAAGAGUCAGUUGUACAACUCAUUUUACAAUUUUCUAUUCAUGGGAUUACCAAGGAGAAAUCGAGAAGAUUCAAUAUUCACUUGGUCAGAUGAAAGUAAACCAGCUCAUCUUCUGGACUAUAUUCGCUUGUUUUACACGUCAUCACCACCUGAGGUAAGGCCUUCUCUGCUUGAUCCCUGUAUUGGCUUCUGUACUAGACUAUUCAAAAAAGAGAAAACUCUACCUCUUACUGAAAGAGAUACUUGGCAUCGAUAUAAGAACAUACGGGAUCUUAGAAAUGUAGGAAUUCAGGUGAAAGCAAACACUUCUGAAUGGAAAUGGAGUAACAUAUCUUUUACCUCCAACUUGUUUAGCGGACAACUGAUGCUUCCAGGGAUUGUAGUUGAUGAUGUCACACCUUCUCUGUAUUACAACAUGAUUGCAUAUGAGAUGCUUCCUGAUUCUCAGAACAGCUUCCAGUGCUGCUCCUACUUCUUUCUAAUGGAUUCCCUGAUUGAUGAUGCCGAGGAUGUGAAGGAGCUCAGAUUAGCUGGUGUCUUUCAGAAUUUUCUCGGAAGUGAUGAAGAAGUGGCCAAACUCUUCAAUCAAUUAGGGGGUUUAUUGCCCGCUAAAAUGUUCAAUUGCACCACAAGAACAGGUGCACUGGCCUAUAACGAUAAAUAUAUUAAAAUCAAGCAACAGAUUGAUAAGCAUUAUAGAAAUAGAUGGAAGACAUGGCGGGCUCAAUUACACACCACUUACUUCAAUAACCCGUGGUCUAUCAUUGCGUUUCUUGCCGCUGUGUUAGCAUUGGUUCUCACUUCUCUCCAGACAUGGUAUACUAUACAUCCCAAAUAA